AUGCCCGUUACUCGUAGCAUGGCCAAGUCGGCAUCGUCGUCUACUGUUGGGGCUUCUGCCCAACCGUCUGACACUAAAUCCGCCAAGCCGGAACCCUUCCCUGGGGCCGUAUUCGACUUGUUCGACGACUACUCAGACGAUACUCCUCUUCUCGGCCGGGACGCCAAGCUGAUUCGCGACGCUACAACAUCGGCGUUAACACAAGUCUGGAAUGAUUCCUGCGCCUCUACCGCGCUGCUGACCCGUAGGAUCAAUGAAAACAACGAGGCCCUCAAGGAAAAGCUCAGCGAGUCCUUCGCGGUGGUAGGCCGACGCCUCGACUUACUGCCGUCGGUACUGGCCCGUCCUCCACGGGACCGCGAUCGCCGGAUCGCGGUAACCACCCCUCAGGCCUCCCGUACCUGGAAGGACGCCGUUGCAUCAGCGAUCCCACGAUCUGGUCGCCCUCGUUCUCUCGUACGAACCACCGACUACCGUUGCUUCAACUGCGGGGGUGUUGGUCAUUUCGCGUCCAGUUGCCCCUCACCCCGGCGUUCGGCAUCUUUGGGGUUCGCUCCUCGGGCACGCCCUGCGGUACCAAGACCACGCGCGGGGUACCCUCCUCCACUUCCCCAGGCAUCGUUCCUCUCCCCAAAGAGCGCUGUUCCCUCCCGGCGCGUUGAAGCUAACGACGAGGCCGCGCUAGACGUCACUGCUCUCUCCGCUUCCUUGCGAGACUCUCAGGCACAACUCGCUCAUUCCCAAGCGCGCGUUUCGGCACUCCUUCGUCGUAAUGAGGAACUCGCUCAGUCGUCCCUUUCGGCGCCAUCUUCUCCGCACGGUUUUCAGGGCCAACACAGGGCUCCCUCAUUACCGGACGUUCGGCUACUCUUAUGCUCCGUGUUGAUCGUCUCCGCGCUUGUUAGCCCCGCUCAAAGUGUCGACGCUUGGCUUUGUCCCCACGAGGGUCAGUCUACCUUUUUCCAUUUCCCGGCUUUCCCCGACUGUAGCUCACUCUGGCCCAACAUCUCGUCAGACCCUGUCAAGGCCACGGUACUGUUAUACCGACCCAAUACUCAGCUUUACUCCACUCCAGCGGUGUUGUGCAAGAUCGUUCGCCAAUCGGUGACCUUUUCUGUCGGGUUUUUCGGCACACGCACAGAGACUCACUACGAGACAUCCCUGCCCGUGUCAGUAGAAGAAUGUCGGCGAAUGGCUCGUCAUCACAAUUGCUUGUAUGGGUCCCUCCGCGAGUCUUCGGGAGUGUGGCGCACAUCUCACGAGUUGCAUUUUCAGUUUCCCUCUGCCCCCUUCGGCUGCUGCACCAACCACACGGCGGAAGUUACUAACUGCUUUUGGUAUGCCACCACAGUGCAUACACGGCAUAACGAUGCCUUUCCACAGGCACCAGUUGGGGAUCUGUCUAACUGCGCCUAUGCGGAUGGGUUUUGCACUCUGGCGGAUGGCUCACUCCUUCUUUGGACCCCUAACAGGGAGGAGCGCUGCGCUUAUACGUUGGUGUCCCGCAUGACGGGGGAACUGUCCGAUGGUGUAUGGAUCAGUCGGGAUCGCGAGUUUGCACUGUCGUGGACUAACUCUUCCGCCACGGUAAUGGACUGUGACCACAGCCUUAUCCUCACAGACCAAGGCUACGGCGUUGAGCUCCAGCGUCGCCAGCCCCGAAGUUCAGCACCCAACGUGGGCCUGGUCACUUCCAAUCAAUUGUCCGCUCAGCUGUUAGCUGUGGAGAGCGCCUCGCUUUCCGCUAUGGGCACUCUCUUCCGCAAUGCCUUGCGCACGUUAUGCGACCGCACUAACACCAUCUCCAUCGCCCUCCAGGCUGCCCUCUAUGCGCACCCGACGCCAACUAUGCGAGCUCUCCUCGGGCGCCAGGAUAUCGCCGCCUCCUUCCUUGGCGACGGCUAUAUCCAAGUCCGACGCUGUGUUGCGUUACCCUCUUCAGCGCUUUCUUUUCUUCCCUUCAAUCACACCUGCUAUACCUUUCCCCAGGUGGAACUGCGGUUGCCCAGCGCCACUCGCAUGCGGGCCUUUCUCGAUCCGCUUACGGGCAUUAUCCACAAGCACGGGACGCCGGUCUCCUGUUCUGACACGCAACCCUUCCUGUUCCCCUCCAAUGACGGUAUACGCAGUUACGACCCACGCAGCGGAAGGUGGUCUUCGUUCACCCCCAAGGAGGUUACCAAACUUCCACCCGCAUCCCCCCAGCAAGCUUUCCGCCUCGCGCCUCCUCUCACGGUCUUCCACAACCUAAUUCUCACCAAUUUCAGUGAGGCGUCUAACGACCAUCAGCUUCACGAGCUAUGGGUGGCGCGGGAUCACUCCCGCUUGCUGGACCAUUUUUCGCGAGCGGAUGCUCCCUCAGCGGGUGGCCAAGGAUCAACAGUGGCGGCGGACUCCUCGGUCAGUUCAUUUUUUUCACUAUUUUCGAGUUUUCCUUCUCCUUUCGAUUUUUGGGUAACCUGCUGUUGCAUUUUCGUUACCUUUUCCUUUUUCAAAUCGUUGCUGUGUUUUUAUUUACGGCUACAGUUCCCUCACCUUUUCCAACAGCACACGCGUUCACCUUUUUCCGCGAUUCGCCCUCGCCCUUUGGCCUUACCUCCACCCACCACCACCACCACCUCGCCGCAUUAUUGA